CGCGAGCUGAAGGCAGGCAUUUGAGACAACCUUCACCCGCCGGGCUCAGCCUCUUCAGAAUCAGGACUCAAGACACACUCACGAAAAAAAUGCCUCCCUACGAGAAAUCCAUGGAAGUAAUGCCUUUCAAGCAAAGGAAGUGCCUGGCAACAAGAAAGGAUGAAGUGUGCACUAUUCGCUCUAAGUUCCCCAACAAAUUACCGGUAAUAGUGGAGCGAUACCUUCGAGAGAAGAAGCUUCCCCUAUUGGACAAAUCCAAAUUUCUAGUCCCAAAUGAGCUGACAUUAGGACAGUUCGUCAGUCUGCUCAGAAGUAAGAUCGCGCUCGAAGCAUCUCAAGCUCUCUACCUGCUUGUCUCAGGAAAGAACAUGUCGUGUUUGUCCGCCAGCAUGGGAGAAGUUUAUUCGCAAUUCAGAGACCCCGACGGAUUCCUCUACAUGACCUACGCGUCCCAGGACAUGUUCGGGUGAAUUGAGCACACAGACUGACGCCUCUUCGAGAUCAUAACUCACUAUUGCUGCUAAAUGAAGAUGAAAACAGGUUCUCUUCUGACCUCAUUUCUCAACAGCUGAGGUUAAUGUCGAGGGAAAAUCAGUAGAUUUGAGAGAGGUUGAGGAGUGCGGUAUGAACUGGCAGUAAAGCUGUUCAUACGGCUCCUGAUUCAGUUUUCACAAGACGUCACUUCUUUACAGAAACGCCCACCUGGAGGAGGGCAAAAUGAGGACUUCCUCCAUUGGCUGCCUUAUAGUCCUACUAGGCUUGUAUUUAGUAGUACGGCGGCGAUAUUAGAGGUGUGUUCACACACUUCAAAUAAGAAAUGACCUAUUUAGUCCCAAAAAUUUCGAUUUCUUAAUCUGAUUUCUGAUUUUUUAAUAUAUAUAUAUUUUUUUCUUUUAUUGUACACAAAACUAUUGUGAAGAAUUUUUGCACCCAUUGACAUUCAUAGUAUUAACAAAAACAAUACAACAGAAGUCAAUGGUUGUUUUUUCCCCCAACACUCUCCAGUAUAUCUUCCUUUGAGUUUGGAACAAAUGGAAGACAACUAUUAUGACUUAAUUUUGAUUUUGGGUGAACUCUCCCUUUACAUUCAUUCAUUUUCCUUCGGCUUAGUCUCUAUUUCAGAGGUUGCAACAACGGAAUGAACCAGCAACUAUUCGUUUUACACAGCGGAAGCCCUUCCAGCCACAACCAAGUACUAGGACACAUCCAUACACACUCAUUCAUACGCACUCAUACACUUCAGGCAAUUUAGGUUACCCAAUUCGCCUGUAGCGCAUGUAUUUGGACUGUAGGGGAAACCGGAGCACCCGGAGGAAACCCAUGCCAAUACGGGGAGAACAUGCAAAUUCCACACAGAAACCUCAACUGGUCCAACAGGGACUCGAACUAGCAACCUUCUUGCCGUGAGGCAACAGUGCUAACCACUGAGCCGCUGUGCUGCCCCCUUUAUCAUUCCCACUGUAAAUUGUUAGACCAAACUUAAUGAUACCACACAAAGAAAAGCUUGUAUGUUGUAUAUUUUGCAACAGAACUUAAUGAAGAAAACAAUGCUCAGCGUGUUUGUUUUGUUGUACACACGAUUCAACUUUGAUCAGUCGAGAUGUUGUGAAAAGCAUGCAUAGAGUUAGAACACCAGCAAUUCCUCUGUCAAACACACUAAUGAAGAUCUGCUGAUAGGAGGUCAGUUUCUGACCCCUGUAUUGAGCAACAUUACAGACAUUUUCAGGUUCAGACAUAUUCAGUUAUUUUAUGUUGCAUCUUAUGACUUCCUAUCCUGUUUUCGGUUCAUUUAUCUCUUAUUUCAACUGAGCUGUUUAAAACAGUGUGAUUAGGUAUGGGUCAACCUGAUCAGGCUUGCGUACUUGGUAUGCGUGGUGUACGACAGAAAGUUGUGUCAUUGUUUUAUUACAGUGUGCUGUUUUGGCUGUCUUUAGAAAACGUUGUUUUUUGUGUUGUUCUUCUGUCUACGACUGUAAACCAAUGGCAUUCAGCAUUGAGUCUGGCUCCACCCUUUUGUACCGUACUGUUGAGCUAGGUACACUUACAGGCCACUUUAUUAGGUACACCAGUCCAACUGCUCGUUACUGUAAAUGGGUAAAGAAACUGCUGAUCUACUGCGAUUUUCACGCAUAAUCAUCUCUAGGGUUUACAGAGAAUGUACUGAAAAAGAGAAAAUAUCCAGCAAGCGGCAGUUCUGUGAGCGCAAAUGCCAUGUUGAUGGCAGAGGAAAAUAGCCAGAUUGGUUCCAGCUGAAAGAAAGGCAACAGUAACUUAAAUAACUACUCGUUACAAACGAUGUAUCAAGCCAAUUUAAUUGAGCAUCGUAUCAAUGCCACAACCUACCUGAGUAUUGUUGCUGACCAUGUCCAUCCCUUUAUGACCACAGUGUACCCAUCUUCUAAUGGCUACUUGCAGUAAGAUAACGCACCAUGUCAUAAAGCGCGAAUCAUCUCAGACUGGUUUCUUGAACAUGACAGUGAGUUCACUGUACUCGUAUGGCCUCCACAGUCACCAGAUCUCAAUACGAUAGAGCACCUUGGGGAUGUGGUGAAACGGGAGAUUCACAUCACAUCAUAGCCGACUGCAACUGCGUGAUGCUGUCAUGUCAAUAUAGACUGAAAUCUCUGAGGAAUAUUUCCAGUACCUUGUUGAAUCUAUGUCAUGAAGGAUUUAGGCAGUUCUGAAGGCAAAAGGGGGUCCAGCCCUGUGCUAGUAAGGUGUACCUAAUAAAGUGGCCGAUGAGUGUAUAUGAUGCUGGGUUUUUAACACAAUUGUUUUGUUUAGAAUGGACAAACUCAACAGUUAAAAAAGUGAUUCUAAACUGAAUUAGAAAAAAAAUAACCAUCCACAUUUGACCCAAUGUUGGGUUAAAACAACCAAGCAUUUUUUUUACUAUAUAUUUAAACAACCACAUUUAAGAUCAGAUCUAAACAUUUGCGGCUUAAAACAAAACAGAAACUUCACAGAACUGCAUCCUGUUUACCCUCCAGAUCUAUUUAAGUCACAUGACUGAAAACCACAUUCAACUUCGGGACACAAAAAAGCAGCCGGGAGGUUUUCUCUCUGUGAAUGUGCAUCUGUGAUCCUAAAACAAACACAGAGGAGAGCAACAAACAGAAAAGGCUAUUUGAGCACCUACUCUGGAAUGACAGCACACACAAACAGCACAAAGUCAUUAUGUACUCAACAUCAACUGUGGUUUAUCCUCAAUAAAUCAAUUCAUUCUUA